ACAACACUGUCAUAUAACAUACAGUUCUGAACUUGAUUUUACACUAUUUAUCAACACAUAUGCAGAAAGGGAAGGGAGAUCCACAGAGACCAUUGUUCAUUUCCAUCCUAGACAGCAGGCAGUGAUUAAAUAUGCCACUUCUGCUCCACUAAUUCAUUCACUUUGAAAUUCUGCUGCCGAGCAGAGUGCAUCUUUUUCUGUUAAAGGGCCACAUUGUUUUCACAGGACUUUGGCCUCAUUAGCAGGAGUAGAUGCUUGGUGUGGGGGAGGGGAAUCCGGCCACAGAGACAUUGUGUCUUUCUGUCCAUAAUGAUGUGACACAGUCAAUUUGGAGAUGCUUAUGUUGAUUGGGGGGUGUCGGCAAAAACAUUUGGCCAUUUACUUCUGUGUCCUUCGAAUGUCAUUGUCCAUGCAUAUGUCUUACCUACCAAAAUGGACAACGCAUUUCAAGAUGAGUCUCUUGGGACACACAAUUAGACUUUUCUGUCUUUUUUCCUGUGAAUAUUUUCCCUGAUGAGGUCAGCUGUCUGUAUUGCAGCUGUACCAAAGUAUGAAAAACCUGUUGCCUUCUGUUCUUCUUGGGAUUCCCUAAUACUACCGGGACCAUCCAUUCUCGGGAUGAAGGUAGCAUCAACUACGUGAGUAUUAAGUACUGAGAGAGACUCUGGGCUCACGUAGCCUGGUCUAAAGGCUUAUCAGAGGCUAAGCCAGAAGGGAAAAAAACAGUAAAGCUAGUCUCAGUCGACCAGAGGUACGGGCACAAGGCCAUCUGUCCAUUCUCUGAAUACAACUGACAACAAAGGAGGGCAACUCCGCACUCAGGGAAUCAUACACACUCUGGAGCAGCAAACGUUAACUCAUCUUGGAUUGAAAGGGUAAGAAGAGUUGGUGAAGAACGUAACUGGCAUCUUUGCGCUGUCUCAACCUCCAUCACUUCUCAGCUGUUCACAAGUUCCUCUGCUGCUGGAGUGUCAUGGAAAGAGGGACCGCAUUUCAUUUAACAGCUUAUAUACAGUCUGUUUGAAGCAUCUAGACCCAAGAGAAGAAUGAAUAUGAAUGAGAAGGAGGGAGGAGUAUUGGAGGGGGGGCUAAAUGUCACCCUCACCAUCCGCCUGCUAAUGCAUGGAAAGGAAGUUGGAAGUAUCAUUGGGAAGAAAGGAGAGACUGUCAAAAAAAUGAGAGAGGAGAGUGGAGCCCGGAUUAAUAUAUCUGACGGUUCCAGUCCAGAGCGCAUUGUCACCAUCACUGGACCGUCUGAGGUCAUUUUCAAAGCCUUUGCCAUGAUUGCAGAAAAGUUUGAGGAGGAUAUCCUGGCAUCCAUGAUAAACAGCACUGUGACAAGCAGGCCUCCUGUGACACUGCGUCUCGUCUUCCCCGCCAGUCAGUGCGGUUCACUCAUUGGCAAAGGAGGCUCGAAGAUCAAAGAGAUCAGAGAGAGCACAGGUGCCCAGGUCCAGGUCGCAGGAGACCUACUGCCUGAUUCAACCGAGAGAGCUGUGACCAUCUCAGGCACCCCCCACGCCAUCACACAAUGUGUGAAACACAUCUGCACCAUCAUGCUGGAGUCACCACCUAAAGGAGCCACCAUUCCAUACCGACCCAAACCCUCCGCAGGUGGCAGCCACACAGUGUUGACGCAACCACAUGCUGCGCCGACAUUUGCUAUUCCAGGACAGUUUGCCAUUCCACCCCAAGACUUGACCAAGCUUCACCAGUUGGCUAUGCAGCAUAUCCCCUUUACCUCCCUUGGGCAGAGCAACCCCACCUUCCCUGGUCUGGAGGCCUCCAUUGCAACCAGUUCUCAUGAGCUGAGCAUACCUAACGAUCUCAUAGGCUGCAUCAUUGGCAGACAGGGCAGUAAGAUCAAUGAGAUUCGCCAGAUGUCUGGUGCCCAGAUCAAAAUUGCCGGGGCUACAGACGGUUCGGCAGUGCGCCACGUCACCAUCACAGGCUCCCCAGCCAGCAUCAGUGUGGCUCAGUACCUCAUCAGUGCGAGUUUAGAGAUGGCUAAACUGAGCAUCCAGGCUGCAUCAUCCUCCUCCUCCAGCACACCUAUCGACCUCAGCCUGGGCUUCCCCCAGUCCACCUCCUCUGCCUCCACACCCUCUUCCAUGGCCGUCCUGGCUGCUCCCCCCUCUGCUAUUAAUGUCCACUCCCCCUCGUCCGUCUCCUCCAUCCCCGGUGCCCACUACGCAUUGCCUGUUUCCAGCCUGUUUGGCAUGAAAACCGUCCCCCUGCUGGCAGUGCACGCAGCCACCUCCGCAGGCCUUCCGACCGGCCUCACCCCCUACACCGCAAAGAUCCCCACCUCGUCCAGCAUCAAAAAAUCAGAGCGGCAGAAGUUUGCCCCAUACUGAGCGGCCAUGGUCUUUAAUCUCAUCAGUUAUGUUGUAUUUCUUUGUUAUUCAUUCAUGAAUAUUAAGUAGAUUGAAAGUGUUUCUCCCCGCCCCCUCUGUUUUUUAAAAGGACCUAUUAUGCUUUUUUACAUUUUCAACUUUCUUUAGUGUGUAAUGUUGAUGUUUGAGGAAA